AUGGCGCUCUUAUAUGCCUACCAGGGUCUACCUGCGCAGCAAUGCAUUCGCCUCCUGCGCCUCCUCCCCAGUUUGGAUGCCGCCAAACCACUCGAGGGUCAUUUGUUUGAGUACUCCCUCUGGGACAUGUACGACCAAAUGGUCCCGUACGAUGCUUUAUCGUACGUAUGGGGUGACCCGAAUGCAAGCCAUUCUAUCCAAAUAGACGGGCUCGCUUUUCCGAUCACUGCCAGUCUCAAUACGGCGCUAUCAUAUUUGAGACAUUCGAGGCGCGAAAGGAUUAUUUGGGUAGACGCCCUGUGUAUAGAUCAGAAUAAUGAGAGAGAAAAGGAACACCAGAUCUCACUCAUGUACCAAAUCUACGCGUGUUCUAGUUGCGUUGUUGUCUGGCUUGGUGAAGAGAGAGACGGGAGCGAUCAAGCAAUCAAAGAGCUGUACUCACUUGGAACAGCGGCGCCCACUAAUGGGGUGCUCAAGAAUACAGCUUCAGACUACGUUAUGAGAUUGUUCCAAAGAGCCUGGUUUCGCCGUAUAUGGGUUCUUCAAGAGGUCGGGGCAGCUCGACGAAUUCAAAUCCAAUGCGGCAACUCCCAAAUGGAUGGGUGUGCUUUUGCAAUUGCCAUAAAUCUUUUGCACCAAUUGCCUGAAACUACUGACGGAAAUGAAACAUUGCAAAACACGAUUCGCUCUAUUGCUUAUCUUAUCAAGGGCUCGAUCUUCAGACUCCCUUACAAAGGACCUGGUGCUGCGGCCGAAGGGGUUUGCACUUUCGGAGAGCUGGUGGACAUGUUUCAUGACAGGCAGGCAACUAUUCCCCAUGACAAAAUCUUUGCGUUGCUUAAUAUGAGCUCGAAUGACAUGAGCAAAUCUGGGCUAUUGCCAGAUUAUACAAUUCCGAUUGGGGAGUUAUUCCAACGACUGGUCCGAUGCAUCAUCUCCCCCACGCUGACGGUCCAUUCUCAGAAUCAUCAACAAGUCGCCGUGGUCAAAUCUCGUGGUUACAUUCUUGGAACUAUCGACAAGGUCAUGGGUGACAUACUUGAGAACAAUACGCAGCGAGUCUCUGUCAAAUGGAACUACGACGUUAUCAAAUGGCUGGAAGGGGUUUCAUCAUGGGACAUAGAGACUGGCAUACCUUGGACUAUCCGUGCAUCCACAACACCCAUCCGGAAAACUGAUCUCGUCUGCCUUCUUGAUGGUGCUUUAGCGCCUACCAUCAUAAGACACCAUCACGAUUUUGCGGUGAUUAUCAUCGCAGCUGCUCCGUUUCCAUUCAACACAGAAUUCUCUGAAACAAUCAAGAUCAGCAUGAGCGGUUGGUCACAAACUUCCUUUCCCGAACAUGAAUUCCUUCUUAUUUGGGAUUGGAAUUACUCGCCAGCUGCGUAUUCCCAUUGGGAGACCUGCGCAGUUUGGGCCCGAGCUCACAAUUGGGUCUUUCCAAAGUCGAUGGCUGUUACGAAUGAAGAUCUCUACGGCACAUCGGCCCAGCACUGGGCCUCUGCUCUCAUAUGUCUAGAUGGACAUGGAAUGUAUCGCGCCGCAGAGAGCUUUAGAGGGACAUUCCGUAUCAUGAAAGAAAUACUUGGACAAUGCGGGUCAGAUGCAACACUUGAAAGUCAUUUCCAAGCCUUACUCCUACGAGAUCAUCCGCUGAGCACGGAUGAGUUCCUAUCUAUUCUAUUAUACCACGCUGUGGAGAGUCGCUGCGAGUGCUUGGCGGAUCUUCUCGUUGGGCAAGAGCGAUUUGAUCUUUAUGAUCAAUCGGUAGGACAACGAUCGAUCUUAGCUUUAGCUUCUGAAGCCGGCUUCUUGAAAGUUGUCACGUGGCUCAUUGAGAAAGAACAGCGCUGUACCUUCCCCCGACCAAAUCAUAUUAUGCACCACAAGGAUUCACCCGAGGCUCAGAUGCACAUUGCGCGCUGUGUGGUGGAAGCAGCAGGAGCUGGCCAUCUUGCUAUCGUCCACCAACUUCUCCAGAAAAAUACGCGCGACAUGGAGUCGGGAAUCAUCAGAGAAGCAGAAAUAAGUCUACUGUACACAAGUGCACUCUUUGCGGCGUCUAAAGCAGGUCAUGUUGCCGUUAUCAAGCGGAUAUUACAAGAAGGCAGGUACAUCGACGAAGCUCUAGCACUGCCGGAAUUGGCUUCUGGCAAGAUCACAGCACUCGUGGAAGAACAGCACUUCAAAUAG